AUGGACUCAUUCUCGUCGCCUUCAAGUGGACCAUCUCCGAGUUUCUCCGCCGAUGAUAUUAAGGACCGGCUUAGACUUCAGCUUGCUCAGGCUCACGCUGAAGAAUUUCUCGAGACUGUGAGAGAAAAGUGCUUUGACAAAUGUAUAACUAAACCAGGAAGUAGCCUUAGCGGGAGUGAGAGCAGUUGCAUCUCGAGGUGCGUAGAGCGUUACAUGGAGGCUUCUGGAAUCAUUGCCAAAGCCCUCUUCAAGCAACAUUGA